UCAUCACAGGAACAACAGAAAGAGUCUGUCUGAUACAGGGUACUGUCGAGGCCCUCAAUGGUGUUCACAACUUCAUCGCGGAGAAAGUCCGCGAGAUGCCCCAGAGCGCCCAGAAACCAGAGCCAGUCAGCAUACUGCAACCCCAGACCACGGUGAACCCUGACCGCGUCAAACAGGCCAAAUUGAUUGUGCCCAAUAGCACAGCUGGACUGAUCAUUGGAAAAGGUGGAGCCACUGUGAAAGCGGUGAUGGAGCAGUCUGGGGCUUGGGUGCAGCUCUCCCAGAAGCCAGAGGGCAUCAACCUGCAGGAGCGAGUGGUAACCAUCAGCGGGGAACCCGAGCAGAACCGUAAGGCCGUGGAGAUCAUAGUGCAGAAAAUCCAGGAGGACCCUCAGAGCAGCAGCUGCCUCAAUAUUAGCUAUUCCAACGUCUCCGGCCCGGUGGCCAACUCCAACCCCACCGGUUCCCCUUACGCCAACACAGCCGAGGUGCUGCCCAAUGCAGCCGCAGCCGCUGCCACUGCCUCCAGCCUUCUAGGUCAGGCCGGACUGACAGGAAUGGGUGCCUUCCCUGCCACCAUGUCCAGUUUCUCUGGCAAUGAUCUGCUGGCCAUCACCUCAGCCCUGAAUACGCUGGCUAGCUACGGCUACAAUACCAACACCCUGGGCCUGGGCCUCAACCCCGCGGCCGCGUCUGGAGUCCUGGCUGCAGUAGCGGCGAGUGCCAACCCGGCGGCUGCUGCUGCGGCUAACCUAUUGGCCUCCUAUGCUAACGAUGCCUCCAGCAGUGCCGGCCACCCUGCUACAGGCCUCAGUGGGUUCUCCCUGGGUUCACUAGCAGCUGCCACCGGGGCUUCCAAUGGUUACCUAAAUGCUUCAUCUCCCUUGAUGGCCUCAUCCCUGUUGGCGACAGAGAAGCUGGCAGAUGGGGCCAAGGACGUGGUUGAAAUUGCUGUGCCCGAAAAUCUGGUGGGUGCCAUCUUGGGGAAAGGAGGGAAAACGCUGGUAGAGUACCAGGAGCUGACAGGAGCUCGCAUCCAGAUCUCCAAAAAAGGAGAGUUCAUUCCUGGCACUCGGAACCGUAAAGUUACCAUAACAGGGUCGCCGGCCGCUACACAAGCAGCACAGUAUCUGAUCAGCCAGCGGAUCACUUACGAGCAGGGCGUGCGCGCUACCAACCCACAAAAGGUGGGCUAGAGAGAAGAGCAGAGAAAAGAAGGAAAGGAUGAAGACAGAGAUAGAAAGGAAACGAGAGUCAAAAUGAAUAGAAAAAAAAGAAAUGUCCAAAUAUCUGUUCAAUAUUUCAGUAUCAAAUGAGAGAAUCACAAAGGAGGAGGUGGGGGAGACAGCCAAGAUAAGUGUGUGUGAAAUGUGAGUGUGUUUUUAGGACCGACGUCCUGGUGUUUUUUAAAAGUUUGUGUCAAGUCUUUUUGACAAUGGUGAUCAGAGUAAGCUGAACUGGUCCACUGCCAAGUUGCAGAUUCAAGAGUGAGGCCGCAGGGUUUCACCCUCCUCCAAAACCUCAUUACUGUUUUCUUUUACUUUUUUUUGGGGGGGUGGGGCUGGGUGGGUUGGUUUUGUUGGUUUUGAUUUCAAGCCUCAGCUCCCGGUGAGCUGAGCGAGUCAGAUGAAGAUCCAGCCAGCUAGCAGAGCUGUUUUACAAACCUUGCUCUUUGCGUACGAUGCAGAAGGCAUUGUCAACAGGGGAGAGGUUUUACGACAAGCACCUGAGCUCAUCUCAGUCAUUGGGGGAAGCAAUCUGAGUAUAAUUUCCUUUACAAACAACUCGUAUCCAUGUUGACAUUUGUUAAAUUCUGGCUCAUAUCAUAAUUGAGGUUUCUAAAUUUGGGAAUUUUAUAUUUUCAUCCUUUAUUUAUCGACACGGUCUCAUUCAAACACAAAUAGAUUAUUUAAACCUGUGGAUGCAGGUUGAUCUGAAUGUAAAAACAAUAUUAGCCUAUUGCUAUUUUUUAUUUACAGGGAUCAAAUAUUGUGUUGCAGUGAAAGAAAUGUAUAGUUCGGACCCAGUCUGAACUUCACUGUUGCUGUCUGCAAGUAUAGUUCAGGAGUUCAGGGGUUAAAUAAUCAAUGUGAGAGGAUAGAGGAGACACACAGGAAUGUAUAAAUAUAUUUUACAUAAAUAUAGAUAAUGCUCCCACAAGCGCACAAACACUGAGACAUAUUUGCAUAUUCAGUCACAGCUACAAACACAAAGAAAUAUGUUGUUUAACCCUUUCUUGGUGCUAUAUAAUUAGGUUUAUAUCUCCUUUACCAUGAAAUCAGAAUCUCUCUGGCGACUUAACUUGUUACUUGAUUUUAAGUAGCUGACGUGUCGACCAGCCAUUAGUAGCCCACUGGAUCGGAACCAGCCUCUCACCUAAUGACAAAUGAUUGAUUUCAGCAUUUCGUGAUGAAAAGCAAUCCAGUCUUUAUAAGUCAAGUCCAUUGUCACUCCCAAUGCAGGCUUUCCCCCUUUUUUUGUCAUGAAGACAUCCUAUCACAGACAUCACCCGACAUGAAUCUCUUGCCUUAGCCAGACUCUUGUAACUCCCAACAUUAAGGCUCUGAAUACAUUGAAGCAGUGUCGGAAUAGCUCAGCAUGAAAAAAAGCAUUUUGAUAAGAAAAGCUGUAUGAACCAAUAUCUGUGAACAAACAAACUAUCGCCUUUACGUUAAGGGUACCAAAUAUUCAAGAGACAUACACUAAUGAGAGAGGAGUCGAAUGACACUUGAAAAGAGGGUGUGGAGUCUCUUUUCUGUGGAACGACCUUCCCAAUUUGCAUCGAAACAAGAAAAAAAAAACAAAGACUAAAAAUCCAGGCAGGCUGUUAUCCUUCCAAAAGCAUGUUAAAGCCUCGAGUGGAGCGUUGAAUAAAAGCAUCAAAUAUUUUGGCAUCCUUGUCUUUUAUAGGUAAUUGUUUGUCCAACGUAGGCAGAAUAAAUGUCUAGAGCAUUUCCAAGCACUCAAAGAUUAUCUUGCCUCCCCUCUGUGCUGCUAUCCAUAGCGUUCAUCCUGAGUACACUGGGUCUCUGAAGACUGCACUGUGAGACAUUUAGAACACAAUGUAAAGCGUGUCUGUCCCUGUCGGGGAUGUGAGUAUAUUUCAAUGUGCACAUUUAUGUCGCAUACUCAAGACCGAAAUACAGAGGGGACAUCUCCACAAGAGCAUUUAUACUCCAGAGUCUUGUGAUAAUGUCUGUUUAUCAACAUGCUGCACUAAAUUUUUUCCCGAUCGGCAAAACCGAUGCUUAAACCCACCUCAUCUCCCUGCUCUGUAGUUCCCAGUCCUAUUGACACCACCCCCCCUCCUUCCCUGCUCUCAAGGCAUUUUCAAUUGUCCCCAUCAACCCAAGCUCUAUGAUCAGCUUCCGUAAGACAAAGCUGUGAGGGUUGGUGCUGAGCAGUGUCCAGGAAAGUCAGAGGCACCUCCCAUUUUAGGCAAAUUCAGUGGACGGCCUUUUCAUUUUCAGAAUUCAUGUUUGAAAAGAGAUGGAUUUGAAAGCGAUUAAAGGAACUCUUUGUGUCUUAACGUGAUGCGUGGCAACUGCACUGAGUUGGCCUUUCUAACGAGCUGAAAUCUCUCUUUUCACUAUGUGUUUGGAAGGCUUCACAAUCAUCCAUAACAACAAUCUGGCCACCAGUGAAAGCAUAUCUAAAGGUAACCUUUAACUGCCCAAUAUUUUAGCAUAUAAAGCGAUACAAGCACAAAACAAAGGGAUGUUUUAUCAAUGCAACUGGACUGCUUGACUCCAGAGAGCUCUUCUUCAAAAAGCUCUCUGAUCGAUACAUUGUGCCAAAUGCUGUUUCUCUCUGCCCCUCAUUAACUUUCCUCUUUCUCUCAACAUUUUAUUCCCCUGCAUGUUCUCUCUGUUCUAGGAUUCCUCCUGUGUCCAAAUCCCUGUCUGUGCUUCUUCCUACACUGUGCUCUCCCCCUCUUUCUCCUUCCUCCUGUCUUGUCGUCUCAUGGGCGGUGUGUUGGAUGUGCUGUGGUGGGAGUUAUGCACUAUAUGUCGUAGGAGUAUGAAAAUAUUUUCCCAGGCCGCAGAGUUCACAAGGCUAAAAUGCACAGAAAACACCUGCCUCCAAAACUGUGACACCCACCGAGACCAACCAGCAACGUUAGCUCAAAGUGUCAAAUUCCCUCUAUAAGAAGAACAGGGACGAUUCAGACAGGUUCGGCCUUAUCAAAUUAAAAGAAAGGGAAAUCUUGGUUAUAGUAAUAUUCAUACGACGGCUGAGCUUAAGUUUCAGCCUCUAAACAAAGCAUGGUUUGGACAGAAUGCAUAAGAUAGCCAGAGAGUAACGCGGGAACUUGUUUGUGACCUCAAGCCGAAACAACGACAUCCUUUAUGCAUAUCCUGUUAUCUGAAAAUGACUAGAAAUCAUUUCUGUGGAAUACAAUAUGUCAUGUCAUAUGAUCUAUAUGUACUUUAUUGUAGCUAUUCUAGUUUGUAGUCCAAAUGCAGUCCAGCGUUGUCGAUACAAUGUGAAACUAUGUUAUAUUUGUGUGGAUGAUGAGAGUGCCAACUAAGCCUGAUUAAGAUUAGCUUCGCGAUUUGUUUGUGCAUUAUGAUGACUCAUCAUCGACCGGUGGUGUCCAUAUUUCUGUCAUUGAUGAUUUAGUUUGACAGUAAGAAAAUGUAAAGAAUAUUGGAAGCAAUAUAGUAGCAUGUUGUCCUGUUUUGUGUUUUAUGUCUGUUGUAUGAACCUUUGAAAUUACUAAGAUUUUGAAUGAAUAGGUUUACAUGUACUUUUUGUAAGUUAUGAAAAUGCUGCUAUUUGAUAAGUAAACUAUACAAAAUAUUUUAGUUGAAAAGAUGUCUGGUCUGUUGAUUAGAGACAUGCUCUAAAAAAAAUGGAGCAUAAAACGAGGUGUAUAGAAUACUAUACAGUAUUGGUAAGAUAGUAAAAGUAAUAAUAGACUCCAUAGUACGACCUGUGCCAAACUAGACCUCCGCAGCUUCUGAAAUUGUAGAUGUGCGAUCAAAUGUUAGAUAUCAAUAACAUGUUUAGAAGUGCUGAUCAAGUGCCAAUCAAACACUGUCUUUUAAGUUAAGAAAAGAUAAUCAAAUACAUUACUUAAGAAAACAAAGGACAAAGAACUUUUUGUGCAUUGUUUUAUCCCAUAGGUACAUAGAGUAAGAGUUAAAGAUUGUGAUUUCUAUGGAUCCAUGUUGUUUUAUACUCCAUGCAUCCCUUGUGUGUUUGUUUGACCUGUGGCUUAAGUACUGCUGUUUUCUCACAAAUGUCUCUAUAGGCCAGCAUGCACUAAGCAUAACAUGUUAUAAGCAUUCAUAACAUAGCCAUUAACAAUCAAAAAUGUGUUUGUGGAGUUAGGUGUUAUCUUUUUGCACGUCUUCUAUUGCAUGGUAUCAAAGUAAAUUAUGGAGGAAAAAAAAAAGUUAUAAAAACCUGCGAGGUGUCUCGCAACAUUCAAAGACAUAACACUGCAUGCAGUCAAAUGUAAAGCCCUUAAGUUUACUCGCCUCAUGUUUCCAAAAAAAAAGAAAAAAAAUACUUUGUUUUUCUUUGUGUUUUGAGUUGGGAGGGAGCUCAUUAUUGUCAUGUUGGCCCAAAAAAAAAAACAGGAAAAAAAGACAGACACGAACACACAAAAAAACACAGAUCCGAGAUCAAAAUUUCACAUCAGAUAAUUCAUCUCUCGAGCCAUCAUCAGAGAAGUUAUUUAGCUUUUUAGGUCCAGUGAGGAGUAUUAAAAAUGUGAAACAAGCAAACGUGAAAAUGUUAGUCAGUGCAUUGGCUCCUUGUGUUUUUUAGGAUAUCAGGCAAGCGUUUCUUUUAAAGGUUGAACCUCACAUAACCUGUCUCAUAUGAGUUUCAGAUGUUUUAUAUGUCACAGCUUGAAAGCCCAGAUCUAAUAUAUGAAUGUACCCAUUUCAGUUGUCUUUUUUUUCCUUUUGAGUUCUGUCGAAUGUUUAUCUGUCUUUAAUGUAAAUUCAGGGCAGGAAUGUUGAAUACAUGUAGAGUUAAUAUCUAUGUCAAUAACAUACUUCAGCUAUAGUCAGGUAGGCCUCACGCGGCCGCGGUCAUGAACCAGAAAUGUUAACACAACUUCCGAUUCGCUGUCAACAUUAUCUUGUUUGUUUGGUGUUGCAUAAAUGCACUUUACUGAUCAGUGGGUCAUGUUGGGUGUGAAAAGAAGCGAACUGUGUUGGCUUUCCACGGCUGUUUUUUUUGGGUUGUUUUUUUUUUCUGAUUUUAUCGCCAUCUUGUUGCUCUGAUGUUCCGUUUAUUUGUAUUCUUUUGAAUUAUUCCCUGUAUCUGUUGGGUCUCAAGAAUGAUGGAAAGGGCUGGAGUCUCAGACAAAAUAGAAAAAAAGUAGCACCUGUUUCCUCUCUCAAAGGCUUCUGUCACAUUCCCUGCAGCAGAGGUCUGUGUCAAUCACUGAGUGCUUUGUCCUGGACCACCAUGUGCAACCAGGAGUUAUCCACACUUUGUCCAUUUCUCUCUUUAUAUUACAGAUUAGAAUUUGUUUAUUUAAUUUUUUUGCCAGUGAAUUGGUAAUAAAGCACUGAGGGAUGAAGGUUUAAGGUCUGGCUUAUUUUACAAUCAGAUCUGAGAGACACGAUCGGCACCAGCAAAACGAAGAAUGCCUCUGCCGCUUCAUCAUGAUGAAAACCACAGGCCACGCCUCCCAGUGGCUAAGGCCUCGCCACAUGAUUGAUAUAUCUGUGUCAUUGUUUUGUGUCUCAAAUCCCUGUCGUUGCAAUUACUCGCUCACACCUGAAUGCCAGAUGACCAUUCCAAAAGUCUUCAUGUUUGUUUUUGUUUUCACUCCAAAUGAAUUCUGGACAUUCACCCGCCCCCACGGAGCCCUUUCACAAGAAGGCUAGAACUGGUUACAAAUGCUACAAACUGGCUAAGGCUGCUCGCUCCUCUCUUUAAACCAAUUCUACCUGAGUCUUGCUCUCUCAGUCUACACAGUAUCACAAUUUGUGUUUCGCUACACUGAGCACCUGCUACUGUGUCCACCCUUUAAACGGGUUAAGGUCUUUCUCGGCUCUUUCGUGUGAGAAAUCGUAGGAUUCUUUGGCAACCACACAUGAGGCCAUCUUUGUCUUUGACCCUCUGAACCUCCCAUGAACUUUGUUGACCUUCUUCAUCCCCAAGAACUCAUAUAUGUGUUGGAGAUUUUACUGUCAAACUCUGCAAGACUGUUCUUUUGUUUUCUGGUUAUCUGAACUAUCGUGCAAGGUUGAUCGCUUGCUUAGGUGUAAACUGAGGAAAGCAUGCCAGUACCUUGCAUAUACUCUCAUGCCGUUUUCUUUCGGUUUACUAGUUUUUACGCUGUUUAAUCUCUGUUCCAUCUCAGAAAAAAAAUGGACUGACAGCAUAAGAUCAAAUAUUUCCAACAUAAUCAGAGUGAUGUUUUGUUGAUUGGGUGUAUUUCUCUUUUGUCUUUCACUUGUGGCAAGUGAGGAGCAUCAGAAAGUCCACAUAAACUACGUAAAGGGCUUUCUGGGUGAGCAUUUGUGUGUCUUUUGAAAUGACAAAAGUCCUGAGAUGAUUUUCAGAGAGAAAUCAAAUUGCCUUUGUGUGCCAUUCUAUAAAAAGUGCGAAAGCUUUUCACGGCAAAUAGUUUGUCUACAAGAGUGCCAAAUAAUUCCAUACUGAGCCAAAAGGCAGCCAGCCUGCAUAACUGUUAGAUCACUGGAAUGGUUACAUCCCAUUUCCACUCCCCUUGAAAAACAUCACCCUAAUCGUACGACGUUCGAGCUCAUGCACCAUUAUUGUUAUGCUGCCAGUCUGUUUUCUGCUUUUGUCGGAAACAUCUCAGAAGCAGUAUAUUUUCUAAAUGAUACACUGUUGAUUAAAAAAAAAAAGACAACAGCUACUAUGGUGAGGGAAUAAGCGGAUUUUAAGUGUCAUUUGUUUUAUUGGUUUAUUUGAACAUUAUUCAUUAAUAGAUUUAACGGUAAUGACUAUUUAAUGUAAAAUGUAGUAAUGUGUUUGUAAAAGAAAUUCAGUGAGUUGUGUUUUAUGACUCGUGGACUACCAGUGAAGUCAGCAUUUCAGUGUUAAUAAUUGAAUUGUUUUUUAAAGAUUAUUUUUGCGACAGCAACAAAGAGUCAUUAUAAAUGUUCAUUUUAACAUCACUUGUCUUCUGUUCCUUUUUUUCUCCACGUCAUCCCUCUGCUCUGUCCUGCGUGAGU